AUGGAGCUACCGCUCUUGGCAACAUUGCUGGUGUUGUUGGCUCGUUCGGUCGUCGCGCACGGCGGUCUGGCGAAUUAUACAGUUGGUGAUACUUGGUACCGAGGAUAUGAUCCCGAUUCGCCUAGGGAAGAGCAAGAAGACCAACCAUGGAUGGUCCAGAGAUUAUGGGCAAGCAUCGACCCCAUCUUCUCCGUCAACGACACCGGCCUAGCCUGCAACACCCCCGGGACCGCAGCGCCAUCAUACAUCCCCAUCGCAGCCGGUGACAACAUCACAGCCGUGUACUGGUACUGGCUGCACCCCUACGGGCCCAUGUCCGUGUGGCUAGCCGACUGCGGCGCAUCAUGCGAGGACGCCGACGUGAACGACCUGAACUUCUUCAAGAUCUGGGAGGCCGGGCUGGUGGAGGGGAACAUCGUGGAAGGCAUCUGGUACCAGAAGCAAUUCCAGCACUGGGACGGGAGUCCGGAUCUCUGGUCAGCCACGAUUCCGGCGACGAUCAAACCAGGCCUGUACAUCGUGCGGCACGAGAUCCUGAGCAUCCACAUUGCGAACAAGCCACAGUUCUACCCCGAGUGCGCACAUCUGAAUAUCACCGGCAAGGGUACGGCGGUCCCCUCGCCCGAGUACUUUGCCAAGUUCCCGGGAUCUUAUAAGGAGGAUGACCCGUCGAUUAAAAUUGAUAUCUACUCCAACGAGAUGAAAGUAGCUACGAACUACACGAUUGCCGGUCCACCAGUUUGGGAUGGGUGA